AUUGUAAGAAGAACUGUGCGAUACAUUGGACACGUUUUCAUGGAAUAUGAACAUAUGCCACAUGUAAAAUAAAGGGUGAAAUAAUUGUUGAUCACAUUAAUAGCUGUUUCUGGCCGAGAGUCCCACAGACACAAGAACAGACAAUAAUUAACUAUGGCCUCUGAAGGUCAAACUUUGUACUGUGCUUCACUGCUUUCCCACAAUUCCUGGAGUCAAGGGCCAAUGGUUGUGCUUCAGUCAGGGAGACUGAAAGCGCUGAAGGUGUGUUGGAUUAUCGGGUGAGCGGAGCAAUAAAUAAUAAAAUGGCAGCCGGCUCUUCUUUGCUGAGGAUUGGAGUUGUAGGAUAUGGACAUUUAGGGCAGUACCUGGUGGAGAGGAUCCUUAAAGAUGGAGCUGCUCUUGGUUUGACUCUGGCUUUUGUUUGGAACAGAAAUCCUACGAAGCUCACGGGCUUACUUCCUGAUGAACUCAUACUUAGUGAAUUAUCUCGUUUUGCAGACAGGAGUUGUGAUGUGAUUGUAGAAGUGUGCCAUCCUCAGAUAGUGAAAGAAUUUGGCCAACACUUCCUGUCUCAGUCUCAUUUCAUGGUGGGCUCUCCCUCUGCUCUCUCUGAUCCUGACCUGAACAUGAGGCUACGUCAGGCGGCUCAGCAGUAUGGCAGGACACUCUAUGUUCCCACAGGUGCAUUGUGGGGAGGCCAGGACAUCCAGAGGCUGAAUGAUAGUGGAGCCUUAAAGGCUUUGUUCAUCAGGAUGUCCAAACAUCCCUCCUGUUUCCGGCUGACAGGAGACGUCCUCUCUGGCUGGACAGAGGGAGAAGGCAGGCGGGUUUUAUUCAGAGGCUCAGUGGCAGAGUUGUGCCCACUUGCUCCAAACAACGUAAACACCAUGGCGGCGGCGGCGGUGGCAGCAGGAACACUCGGCUUUACUGGGGUUCAGGGAGAGAUCGUGUCUGACACGGCGUUAAGCGACUAUCAUGUGGUGGAGGUGGAGGUAACGGGGCCUGAUGGCUUCACAGUACACGCGGUGAGGAGAAACCCAGCCAGACUUGGAGCUGUGACUGGCAAUGCAACUUACAACUCCUUCUGGAACAGUUUGCUCACUUGCAAAGGUCACGGGGGACGAGUUUACUUGUGCUGAAGCAAGCGUGGACUCUGGAGGAUUACCCACAACAAGAGAAUCCACAAAUAAUCCAACAAAUAUAAACUGGAUUAUGGUGAAACACUGGAUCCGAAUGUUGGCUAUUUGUGUUCCAAUAAACCACAUACACACAAAAGAA